GUCUGCCUCUGGACACGGACGCGUUCGGACGCAAGAUGUCGAGCUCUGCAAGAGCAGGUUCAGCGGCCGCGUCUGGCCGUGGUAACAGGUCUUCUGUCGCCCCACCGGGUUAUCGGUAUGUACUACCGACUUUGCCAUCAGGAGAAACUAUGAAGGAGUGUUUGUUUUUACACUGUGACGUGACCGGGAGACCAUACCGCCUCGAAGACUUCCGUGACCCGCUGCAAAAGCUGGGUGUACUGAAAGACGUGACUGGUAUAGGGCCCUUCCAAAUGACGCAUGUGUGGCUGAUCAAGCUAAGAACGCCAGAGGCAAAGGAAGUGCUGGUUAACGCGGGUGGCUUGGAGGUCAAAGGGCGUUUUUGCGCCGUCAUUGACGCUGUACAGCAAGACAUCACACUCAAAGUGCACUGGGUGCCAUUUCACAUUACCGGGGAAGCACUGAAGAGGACUUUCGACCACUAUGGCGAAGUGAAAGAAGUACGACAAGAGGAUUGGAAGGUGAGAGGUUUUGAACAAGCCGAGUCCACUACGCGUAUUGUGCGGAUGACGCUCCGAGAGGAUUUAACACCGGACGCUUUGCCCCAUUUGUUCAAGAUCUUUGGUGGUUCAGUGCUCGUCGUCGUUCCCGGCAGAGCUCCAAUUUGCCUUCGUUGUCGACGCAAAGGACACAUUAGGCGAGACUGCAGAGUGCCAAGAUGUGCUCAGUGCCGGGAAUUCGGCCAUGAAGCACAAGACUGUGUGCGUACAUAUGCAAGAGUUACUGGCAGCAAGCAACCUGAAGACGAGGGUCUCGAAUUGAUGGAGGAAGAGGUAACGGAGAAGCUGACAGCGUCCUUAGAAACGCAGGCUGAACAGGUGGCUAGUGACGCGGAAAAGGUGGCAACGCCAUCCGCGUCGACACAGGAGGACACUGCAGGAAGAAAGCAGAGGCAAAGAAGAAUGCAGGAAGAAGUGACGACACCUCCUGCACCCGAAGACGCGGAUCAUGGGCGUGACGAGCUGAACGUGGCGAUGGUCGCGGAGCCAGACACACCAUAUGAGACGCCUGAUGAGACGGCCACUGAGGAGCCUGCUACACCUUCCAAACGGCAUCGACGUGAUGCUCCAGAUGAGGAGACGCAGGGGGAAGGUGUUCAACGCCUGGAGCCGCAGUGGAUGGAGGUCCGGUCGACCCGGGCCAAGAAAGGAAAGUACGCCCCAGCGCAAAGGUCAGCGUCGCUCACCCGAGAAGGGGAGGCGACGCAGUGA